CGCAGGGUGCUGAUCUCCAAAAUGAGACAAAACACAAAAAUAAGCCAUAUUAAUUUUGUGGAGAUGCAGAUGACUUAAUAAUGUUGGAAGGAGCAUGGAAGAAAGUUUACCUGAGUCGUGUGGUUGAACCUUGCUUCACCUGCACCACACAGUUCCCAACCCAACACCCAUCACAUACAAAUGCACAGGUCAGGUAACUAAAGCAUUAUCAUAUGACGCUAAAGACAUCUAGACAAGGACUGCCACAUUUCACUUCGAAGCUAAGGGUACUACGUUUUACGCUUAUUUCUAUCCUGUUACAACUAUGGAAUAGGAUAUAGCCUAUGCGCGUUUCCCCGAAGACAUACGGUAAGGGGUAAACUCCCGUUUCAGGUGAAGGAUUGCAGGACAACAGGUGACUAACUGGUUGUGGGCAUCAGUAGAAAGGCAGAAAUUAGAACGGGGGCUUCGGAAAAUUGGGGUGACCUUCAACACAUGCGGCGCUCGGAGUUUUGAGGGAGUGUGACAGAACAGGCGAGCCUAAGCUGUAUGGAACUGUGCAGCAUGAAGGAUGGCGGAUCCUCCUGUCAGGUGGAGCAGCUGGCCAAUGCGUGCGUGUCAGAGCGCAACCAGAGUUCCUGCCGGAUUCAGGCCAAAGGCCUCCGGCCUUGGUCGGGCAACAGCACUACGACGACCAAUACCGCCAGGCACAGAGCCAACGGAACCGCGAAUAACCAUUGUAAGAGCGUGGAAUUCGCACCCAGUCGACUGGAGAACGUGGAAUUCACGGGGAAAGUGCUGGUUACUGGGGGUUCCGGAUACUUUGGCUACAGGUUGGGUCGUGCUCUGGCCAGCCGAGGGCUCUCUGUUAUUCUGCUGGACCUGGUCAAACCGCGUAGGGGCACUCCCGACGGCGCAGUGUUUCAUCAGGGUGACAUUCGGGAUUAUGAGUCCCUGUACAAGGUGUGUGAGGGGGUGGAUUGCGUCUUCCACACUGCUUCCUAUGGGAUGUCCGGCCCAGAGCAGCUGAAGAGAGAGCUGGUGGAAUCUAUCAAUGUUGGUGGGACAAGUAACGUCAUUAAGGCAUGUUUGGAGCAGGAAGUCCCUAGCCUGGUGCACACCAGCACCGUUAACGUUGUGUUCGCUGGCCGACCCAUUGAGGAUGGGGAUGAGGAAACUGUGCCCUGCGUGCCUCUAGAUAUGCACAUAGACCACUACUCUCGGACCAAGGCCAUCGCGGAGCACAUGGUGCUCAAGGCUAACGGUCACACUCUGAAAGGGGGCGGCCGCCUUCAAACCUGCAUCCUGCGUCCUUCAGGCAUUUACGGGCCCGAGGAGAGGCGACACCUCCACAGAGUAAUGGUGAAUGUGGAGAGGAGAUUGUUUAGUUUCAGCUUUGGUAACCAUGAUGCCAAGCUGAACUGGGUCCAUGUGGAUAACCUGGUGAUGGCACAUAUCUUGGCUGCUGAUGGUCUGACCGUGAGGAAGGACCGUGUGGCGAGUGGACAGGUCUACUUCAUUAAUGACGGAGAGGCUGUAAACCUGUUUGAAUGGCUGACUCCACUGUUUGAGAAGCUGGGCUAUAGUCGUCCCUUGAUACACCUCCCUUUCUCCCUUGUCUACUCUGCAGCCGUUCUGAUGGAGUGUUUGCAUGUUGCCCUGGGACCUGUAGUGGAGAUUCCACUGCUGUUCACCAGGAAUGAGGUGCGAAACAUUGCGGUGAGCCACACUUUUAAGAUUGAGAAAGCACGCCAGGACCUGGGCUUCGCACCAUUGAAGUACGACCUGGCCGACUCAGUGGACCAGUACUUGAAGACCCGCCUCCUGCAGCCCUGCCCGCUGUGGUCUCGCCCUCAGUCUCUGGCCCCGCCCUGGGUCCUAGUCCUGCUGGUGCUGCUGGUCAGCCUGGCUGCACUACUCUGCUACUCCUGUUUACUGAGUGCACACACACUACACUAACACUAAGGCACUACACAGACAUGAAACACACUACACUAACACUAAGACACUA